AUGCCCCCCACCCAGCCACACUGCCCCCACCUCCUCCUGCUGCUACUGCUGCUGACCCUCCAGCCACAGGUCCCCGCCGCGCAGGUGAUGGACUUCCUGUUUGCGAAGUGGAAACGCUAUGCAGACGAGUGUUCCUACAAUCUAAGCCUACUGCCGACCCCCACUGAGCUGGUCUGCAACCGAACCUUCGACAAGUACUCCUGCUGGCCAGACACCCCUCCCAACACCACAGCCAACAUCUCCUGUCCCUGGUACCUGCCCUGGCACCACAAAGUACAGCACCGCCUCGUUUUCAAAAAGUGCGGGCCGGAUGGGCAGUGGGUGCGGGGACCCAAGGGACAGCCAUGGCGCAACGCCUCCCAGUGCCAGAUGGACGUGGACGAGCUGAAAGUCCAGAAGGAAGUGGUCAAGAUGUACAGCGACUUUCAGGUGAUGUACACGGUGGGCUACUGUCUGUCCCUGGGAGCACUGCUUCUCGCCCUGGUCAUCUUGCUGGGCCUCAGCCAGCUGCACUGCACCCGAAACUAUAUCCACAUGAAUCUGUUUGCCUCCUUCGUGCUAAAGGCCACCUCCGUGCUGGCCAUAGAUGCUCUGCUGCAGACGCGAUACAACCAGAGUAUCGGUGAUGACCUCAGCGUUAGCAUCUGGCUUAGUGACAGGGCAGUAGCCGGCUGCCGAGUGGCAGCUGUGUUCAUGCAAUAUGGCGUCAUGGCCAACUACUGCUGGCUGCUGGUGGAAGGCGUCUACCUACAUAGCCUGCUGGGCCGGGCCACCUUCCGCGAGAGGAGCUUCUACACUCUCUACCUGGGCAUUGGCUGGGGCACUCCGAUUCUCUUCGUCAUCCCCUGGACAGUAGUGAAGUGUCUCUUUGAGAAUGUCCAGUGCUGGACCAGUAAUGACAACAUGGGCUUUUGGUGGAUUCUACGGUUCCCCAUCUUCUUGGCCAUCCUGAUCAACUUCUUCAUCUUCAUCCACACUGUCCACAUCCUGGUCACCAAGCUGCGUGCCCAUCAGAUGCGCUACACUGACUACAAGUUCCGGCUGGCCAAGUCCACGCUGACCCUCAUCCCCCUGCUGGGUGUCCACGAGGUUGUGUUUGCCUUCGUGACUGAUGAGCACGCCCAGGGCACACUGCGCUCUGCCAAGCUCUUCUUCGAUCUUUUCUUCAGCUCCUUUCAGGGCCUGUUGGUAGCUGUUCUCUACUGUUUUCUCAACAAGGAGGUACAGUCAGAGCUGCUUCGGCGUUGGCACCGCUGGCGCAUGGGUAAGGCCCUACAGGACGAGCACCGGCCAGGCAGCCAUGCAGCCCGACCUGCCCUGGGACCCCCCAGUGAGAAGUUGCUCCUGACCACCACCUCACAAGAGCUGGUGGGAGACAGCAGUGCGCCUCCUCACUCAAGGGAGAAGAGGGAUGACCCCGAGGGACUUGAGGAUGAUGUCAAGAUCCUCUUCAUUGCAGGGGGACACCCUUAG